AUGAUUCGUCGAGUUGUUUACGAUAUUGAAUUUCGUGUACUUGUUAAAGAGAAAUUAAAUUCUUCUGAUAGUGUUCUCAUUACUGGCUCGUGUGACCAAUUAGGUGAGUGGCUACCCAAUCGUUGUGUACCUUUAAAUCGUCUCGAUAAAACUGACGAUGGUGAGAUUUGGUCAACGAAUAUUAAAAUUUAUGGUACGCAAAAAAUCUCGUACAGAUAUUUAAUCGCUCAAAUUGUCCGCAUUGAUGAUGAUUUAAAUUUAAUUGUUAAGAAGUGGGAAACAUUUAAAGUAGCACGUCAAUUAUCUUUUAACAAUUGGACAAAUGACUCGGGUGUGGGUGUGUCAUCAAUUACUACGCCAACAGUUGAUAAUGAGCCGCCGGAUGAAUUUCCAGCUAUAUUUGGUUGUUAUAAAGGUGAACGCCGUACUGAUAUUGGUUGGUUAACUGGUCAGACAGAAAUUCAACUACGCUUUCAUUCAAAUGCUUUACAAAUAUGGUCAUCCAAGCUCCGCAAUAGUAAAAUAUCAUUAAAAGUUUCGCCUAUUGAUUUAAAUUAUCAGCAAGAAAAUGAAGAAACGUCAACCGAUUCACCUAGUCAGAUCUUUGCACCAACGUCAAAAGUUUUCAUUCAAUCAGCUUUAUUACGUUUGUCAGGUUGUGAAGCAAAUAUUCAAAGUGAUUAUGGUGCUAUUAUCGAAAAAGAUGAUUAUGUGAUUGUGAAAAUUCAAACAUUUGAACCCGAAAAUGUUGCGUAUCAUAUAGACUUCUAUCUUGUUGAUGAUACAACAUCAUUAAUAAAACACAUUGGAUUUGCAUAUGUUUUACCCAUACAUUCAAAUCUUGAAUUAGCCGAUAAUAAACAACUUAAUCGUAUAGUACCAAUUAUUGGUCUCAAACAUAAUCCCAUUGGUCAAAUAAAAAUUGAUGUACUAUUAAUAACACCACUAGAUGCUGUUCAACAAAAAUUUUUUGUUACACCAUCAAAAUAUUGGCGUCAAGGCCGACGACCAGUGAAUGUUGGCCAUCGAGGAUUAGGUAAAACAAAUGCUGAACAUAUUCCAUCUAAACAUCUAGCAUCAAUAUCGAAUGACACAAAUAAACAACGCUCUAUUGAUUCUGUAGCAUCGAAUUUUCCACCAGCAAUACCACCUGUACAAACGAAAUUUGUCAGCGAAAAUACGUUAGCUUCAUUUAAAGGUGCUUUUCAACUCGGCUUUGAUUUUGUUGAAUUUGAUGUUCAAUUAUCAAAAGAUAAAGUGCCUGUUGUUUAUCAUGAUUUUCAAGUCGCUAUUACACUUAAACGUAAAGGACAAGAAGCAGAAUUAUUUGUUGUACCAGUUAAAGAUUUAACAUUACCACAAUUACAAUCAUUGAAAAUCUAUCAUGCUAGUAAAACCGAUGUCACUAAAGCUGAUGAAGAAUACGAUGAUGACGAUCAAGCAACUAUAAACAAUACAAUGAAUUCACUAGGAACAUCAACGUUAUCAAAUGGUGUAGAAAAUCAAUUAAAACAACAACAAGAUGAUAAAAAAUUUCGUUCGCUAUUUCCAACACUACAAGAACUUUUCGAAACACUCGAUCCAUAUCUUGGCUUUAAUGUUGAAAUAAAAUAUGCUAUGGAAUAUAGAAAAGGUGGUAGUGAACAAAAUCAUUAUUUUGAACGCAAUGAAUAUAUUGAUUGUAUUCUUCGAUGUCUAAUUAAUUAUGCCGGUAAACGUGUUAUUGUUAUAUCAACAUUUGAUCCUGAUUGUGCGUCAAUGCUUCGCUUGAAACAAACCUUAUUUCCAGUAUUAUUUUUAACACAAGGUGAUAAAGGCGAUUGGCCACAAUAUUUAGAUAUUCGAACAUGGUCGAUCGAUAUUGGCCUAUGUUUUAUUGUUGCUGAACAUUUAUCAGGUUUAGCUGCGCCAGCACUUGAUAUUCUUGCAAAUAAAGAAUUUGUUAAACAUGUGAAGGAAAACGAAAAAUUAUUAUUUAUUUGGGGCGAUGAAGCCAGUAAUAAAGAUGUAUCGAAGUGUUUAUUGGAAUUGCGUGUCGAUGGUUUAAUUUUUGAUCAUGCUGCUGAAGUAAAAGAAGAACAUUCGACAAUAGAAAAUCUCUUCAUUUCUGAAGAACGUGAAGAAUUAGAAGUUGUGAAUAAUUUUCGUCAAAAACAACUUGAAUUGCAACAUCAUCAACUAUUACAAGAACUUGAACGAUUAAAAGCAGCACGUGAAGCAACGAAUUUAUCGAUAUCAACAACAAACCCACCAUCGAUAAAUCAAAUUUCUAAAGUUCUAACAAAUGCAGGACAAGAUCAAUCGUCAAUAAUAAUAGAUUCAAAUUUUAAACAUGUUAUGUGA